CUUCCAUUCUUCCCCCCUUUUUUUCUGCUUCCUUUUUCCCUUUUUCUCCUCUCUUCAUUCUUCAACUCCCUCUUCCGAAACAAUAAAAAAAGAUUUUCCUUGACGUUCCUUUUUUCAUUUUUCAUUUAUUUCUUUUACUUAAACCAUGUUACAGAUCAAUCCGUUUGACAUCCCAGAGAUUUUAAAUCGCAUUCUCACUUGUACGUCGAUCUUGAGUGCAAAUGAUCUGGCUCUGACUGCUUUGGUCAGCAAGUCAUGGGCUCUUGCUUCAAGACGAGCAUUGUGGCAAGACCUCGAACUUAAUAGCGAGUCCUGGAUCGAUGUACAUUACAAUAACUUGUAUAAACAACUGAUGCGCUACGGUCAUUUUGUACGCGUACUCACAUUGACAGACUGCGGUCCCGACAAGGCUCGGUUUUGUGAGUUAAUGUGCAUGAUGAAAAACCUGCAGGUGGUUCUUUUGGAUAGGCUCAUGCUUCGUGGUCAUGCCUCUAUAUUACAAGAGUCUCUCGACCUCUUGUUUUUCCCACAGCUAUGUGUUCUCAAACUGCCAUAUAUGAUCUCGAGCUCUAGUGGUCCUGAUAUCCUGCUUAGGAUCUGUAACUCUGCACAUAAAAUCCAGCGUCUGGAGUUAAUGGACAGCGACUUUGAUGGCAAAGCCCUUGCUCUCAUCGAAGAAGCAUGCCAAUCACUUGUCUCCCUUGACUUGUCAAGAAACGAGGUGGUCACUCUGAACGAAUCAAUCACAAAGCAUGUCGCAAUGGACCAGGUAGAAGAGCAUUGGCUAGGAUCCAAGAUACCAAAUACAUCACCAAUAGUGGAUACAUCCUUCGGGCUAUCGACGAGAACACCUACAUGUGGCAGUACUCAAAACUCCAAUAUGUUGCCCUUGACCCAAAAAAUGACCGACGCCUCAAGUCCAUUGGCUCUUCAGUCACGACAGCAUACACAUGUUCACGAGUUUACGUCCCGGAAGCCGUCUGAACGUCAUGAGUUUCAGGAUUCACGCACACAAUAUGGAAACAUACAGCGUUGUUGCAGACCUAGCUUGCUGGAGAUGCGGCAACCUUUUAUGUACCUCGAAGAACUUAGUCUUGUAUUUUGCCUUGGGAUCACUAACAGUGAUUUCCAAACACUUUUUCAGUCAUUUCACGGCAAGAAUCUUCGGUCAUUGGAUCUUCAAUUCACAAAUAUCGAGGAUUCAGGCCUUGAAACAUUGGCUGACGCCUUGACGAUGCGAUGCACACAUCCAACAUUACAAAGUAUAAAGUACACUGGCAUCACUUGUGUCAAUGUGAGCUUUUGCAGUAAAAUUACAGCGCGCGGAAUAAAUGCAUUAGUUAAGGGAUGCCCUCAACUGCUAGAGCUUGAGUUCUUGAGUUGUGACUCUGUUUCUGCAGAGUGCUUUCAAAAUACAAUGCCAUGGGCCUGUGCUGGGCUCAAGCGACUCGAGUUUACAGUUCAUCCUAGAGUACUAUUUCUGGAUCAAUCCAUCAAAAAUAAGGACACAGUCAAUCGACGGCUCAGUACCACAGUGUCAGAAGAAGAAGGGGGGUCAGCAGCAGCAGUAGCAAAGAACCAUGACCCUACUCCUUAUAGGACUAUCAAUCAAGGCGACCAACAGUCUCAGAUGACGGCUCAGCAUCAGAAGGGCAAUUUGUUACAACGAGCACAUCAUGGCAGAUCAAACUUCUCACGGAGUUGCAAUCACUGCAGAUAUUCAACAGUCCAGCACUGAACACUACGAACAAUGCAGGAAGUCUACCAGAAGAGUAUUCAGUUCCUGAGGGCCCGCAUAUCCAACAGAACUGGGAUCCUACACUAGAAGGCGCCAUGAGUACUGAAGAGGAUCUGCAGGAGACCAAUGGUGGAGGUCGAAACAUCAUCGAUGGCGAACUACGCGAUGCGCAAAAUAUGCAAGAUAGUAAUUCUGAUAGUGGUCCAAGUUUAGGGCACCCUUUUU